CAGGGAAGGAUGAUGAAGCUAAGAUGGCAGCGCUACUAGGGGUGCUGUCUUUACGGGGUCAAGAAAAACAACAGGAACAAACGCAGGGCACGGACGGCAGCUCGCGCAUUUGACUUAUUACACUUCGGCCAGUUGAACGUGGUUGGAUCGCCUGCAAACGGGGAAAUAACGGUUGAUUCGGUCGAUCCAGCGCAGGAAGGGACGCGUAUUUCGCAGUCGCAGCACAGCGGCUAACCGUAAACGUCGUUUUAAUCGGAGAUACUCGGAUGUAAUUCGCCGGACGUUUUGCGGGUUUGCGGGGAGGAUUUAUGGAGUGCGACUGGGACUUUUAGCUCUGUUGAUUGACAGUGUAAUCUAAUAUAUGCGUUGUUCCCCUAAACGAUGAUGUGUGCUGCUGCGGCAGCGGGUGCCGGUGGAAGCGGGAUUCUGUCCUCCUCAUCCCACUCCAUGGGGCUGGGUGUCAGGGUCAUGCCCGGAGCUGGAAACGAUUUCGCACCGAUCGGAUCAGGGAUGGGCUCCUGUGCAGUUGUGGGGGCCCGCUCGGAUUGUCGGAGCCGCUACCAGCUUCUUCUCUCAGGGCGAGCACUGGCGGAGCGGUACCGGAGGAUUUACACCACCGCGAUCAACGACAAAGAGCAGGGGCUCAACCUCGGCAGGGGGAAGAAAGCUUUGAGCAAGAAGAAACUAAAAAGGAGGCAAAAAGUCAAAUCAAAAGUAAAAACAAGAACAAAGACAGAUACUCUAGAUGGGGCCUUUCCAGUGCCUGACAUCAAACUCCACAGCAACCCCUCUGCAUUCAACGUCUACUGUAAUGUACGGCACUGCGUGCUGGAUUGGCAGCAGAAGGAGGCCGCAUUGGCCCUCGCCUCCCGAAACUCUGUGCAGAGUGGUGACUCUGACAGUGAAGAAGAGGAGGAGUACCGCGAACCUUCUGUCAAACUGCCGAAGCUGACGUCUUUGGCUAAAAGGGAGCUGAAUGGAGUGAGGACCUAA